AAUCGGAAUCAGAAUUAGGGCAAAAAGGUAGAAAAAGGCUAUGGCUCCCUUCUGUGUUCGUGGUCGUUUUCAUCCCAAUAGCAAAAUAAUCAAGUCUCUACCGAAGAAUGUGAAGAAGCAUAAAAAGGGUGGAAUGAAGAACACGCAAGAGAAAAUCGAGAGUCUGAAAGCAGAAAUGGAAGAAAUCGGCGUGGAACAACAAAAUGUAAGAGAAGCACAGCAACAAGUGAGGGAGAAAUUUGAAUGUGUUGAGAAUGAGUGUGAGAAAUUGAAGAGAGAAACCAGAAUGAUCAUCCAGCAAACUGCUAGGACCCAAAUCAAAUUGGCUCUCAUGUUCCGAAUCGUAAAAGCUUCCGAGCAGGCUGAUCACGCCACUGUUGCCACUCUCACCCACAUGCUUCGUGAAAUAAUAGAAGAAGAGAACAAGGAAAGGUAAGCAUUCGGUGACAGAUGAACUGUAAGGGGAAACUUCGUAUGCUCCUAAAAAU